AUCAUUGAAAUCGGGAACGCGCGGCAUUCUCGCGCGGCUCGCAGGCUCGCCACCCUUCAGCUUUUGUGCACGGGUGAAAGUUACUGAGUGCAACAUGCGCGUUAACGCCAAGCUCCUCGCUAAUUACCAGAGGCAAACUGUGUGCCUUGUCGGCAAGGUUCUCCAGAGCGAACCCCAGGGCAUGUCCUUCAAGAUGGAAUCCCCAGACAAGCAGGUGGUUCAAGUAAUCAUGAAGAAUCCAAUUCAAGAACCACUGGAGGGCAUCAUCGAAGUAAUUGGUGAAGUGACGGCCAAGUUGGCGAUUGUCUGUGAAAGUUACGUGCGCUUCCCACCUGCAACAACAGAAGACUUCGACAUGGCCACUUACAAUGCUGUUGUUGAGACCAUACAGAAUGUCAAGGAUUAUUACCCGACCAUGGCCUCCGCAUAGCAUCAUGCAUAUCUUGCACAUGUUGAAGCAUCUGUUAGCCCUGUGUUUGUACCAGAACUUUUGUAUUGCAGUGUCAACACUGUAGUACAUAAAAUGUAUCCUCUACUUUUUUUUUAACCGAAUUGAAGACAGCAAAACAAGGAAGCCAAUAAAUUUUGUACAUAU